UGGAGGGGGCCGAUCCGGAAGGGUGCGUGCUGAGGGCCGGUGGCGGGAAGGGUUUUUUUUUCCACCUCGGAGCGGCUGACAGAAGGACACUCGGAUCUUCAGCUCAGCUUUAGAAUGGCUUCUGUCUCAGCUCUAACAGAGGAACUGGAAUCUGUAACCAAUGAGCUCCAUGCAAUUGACAUCCAGAUUCAAGAACUUACAGAGAGGCAGCAAGAGCUCCUUCAGAAAAAGUCAGUCCUGACAAAGAAGAUCAAGCAGUGCUUAGAGGGCUCUGACGCCGAAGCGGCAAAUAGUGACUGUGACUCCUCACCAGCGGCAUGGAAUAAAGAAGAUUUCCUGUGGUCUGGAAAGGUUAAAAAUGUGCUGCAAAAUGUUUUUAAACUGCAGAAGUUCAGACCCCUGCAGCUGGAAACCGUCAAUGUCACCAUGGCUAGAAAGGACAUUUUUCUCGUCAUGCCCACAGGAGGUGGGAAGAGCUUGUGCUACCAGCUGCCAGCACUGUGCUCAGAUGGUUUUACACUUGUGAUUUGCCCACUCAUCUCUCUUAUGGAAGAUCAACUGAUGGUUUUAAAACAGUUGGGAAUUUCAGCUACUAUGUUGAAUGCUUCUAGCUCUAAGGAGCAUGUGAAAUGGGUUCAUGCUGAAAUGGUGAAUAAAAACUCCCAGUUAAAGCUGAUUUAUGUGACUCCAGAGAAAAUUGCAAAAAGCAAGAUGUUCAUGUCAAGGCUAGAGAAAGCCUAUGAAGCUGGGAGACUGACUCGAAUCGCAGUGGAUGAAGUGCAUUGUUGCAGUCAGUGGGGACAUGAUUUCAGGCCUGAUUAUAAGGCACUCGGCAUCUUGAAGCGCCAGUUUCCCGACACCUCGCUGAUUGGGCUGACUGCAACAGCAACUAAUCAUGUUUUGAAGGAUGCACAGAAAAUCCUGUGUGUGGAAAAGUGUUUGACUUUUACAGCAUCUUUCAACCGACCAAAUCUUUAUUAUGAGGUUCGGCAAAAGCCCUCGAACGCUGAAGACUUUAUUGAGGACAUUGUAAAGCUCAUUAAUGGACGGUACAAAGGACAAUCAGGAAUCAUAUACUGUUUUUCUCAGAAAGACUCUGAACAAGUUACCAUUAGUUUACAAAAACUGGGAAUUCAUGCAGGCAGUUACCAUGCCAAUAUGGAACCAGAAGACAAGACCAAGGUUCAUACACGGUGGUCAGCCAAUGAGCUUCAGGUGGUAGUGGCUACAGUCGCAUUUGGCAUGGGAAUUGACAAACCAGAUGUGAGGUUUGUCAUCCAUCAUUCAAUGAGCAAAUCCAUGGAGAAUUACUACCAAGAGAGUGGGCGCGCCGGUCGCGAUGACUCAAGAGCAGACUGUAUUCUGUAUUACGGCUUUGGAGACAUAUUCAGGAUCAGCUCGAUGGUGGUCAUGGAGAAUGUAGGACAGCAGAAGCUGUACGAGAUGGUGUCAUACUGCCAGAAUAUAAGCAAGUGCCGUCGUGUGUUGAUAGCACAGCAUUUCGAUGAAGUGUGGAAUGCAGACGCCUGUAACAAAAUGUGUGACAACUGCUGUAAAGACAUUUUGUUUGAGAAAAAGAAUGUAACAGAGCACUGCAGAGACCUGAUCAAGAUUCUGAAGCAGGCAGAGGCACUGAAUGAAAAACUCACUCCACUGAAGCUGAUUGAUGCUUGGACGGGAAAGGGAGCAGCCAAGUUGAGAGUGGCUGGCGUUGUCGCCCCGGCCCUUCCCCGAGAAGACCUGGAGAAAAUCAUCGCACAUGCCCUCCUGCAGCAGUAUCUCAAGUACACAGCUGUUUAUCUUCUGUGUCUUCAUGUUUCUUCCUUUGUGACUGGAGCAGAAGAAGACUACAGUUUCACAGCUUAUGCUACCAUCUCAUAUCUGAAAGUCGGACCCAGAGCUAGUCUUCUCAGCAACGAAGCCCAUGCUGUCACUAUGCAAAUGAAGAGGUCCACACAGAGCAGAGUCAGGGCUGCGUCAUCUGAAGCUUGUCAGUUGGAACAUGCAGAUGCGAAAGGGGAAGAAAAAAGUUCAGGUAACUUCCAGAAGUCUACAAACAGGCUUCAGCCAUCUGGCUCUAAGAACACAGGAGCUAAGAAAAGAAAACUUGAUGAUGCCUGAGUGUUACUUAAUCUUGCACAAAAUAACUGUUUACAUAUGUUUAUCAUUUUUAUAAUCAACUGUUUAAUUUUUGAAACAAUUUUGUAUUUUAUACAUAUAAAGCUAUAUUUUCAGAGCUUAUCUGAAGAUGUGAGAAUUCAGGACCAUUUGAAAAUUUGAGGUCAGGAAUUAUACAGUGUACAAUAAUGAAAAAUACAUCUUUUAUGCAAAGUUGUCUAAGUGUAAUAUAUCUGAGAUUAAGUCCACACAACUGUCAUAAACUCAUUUGCCUUGCUGACAUGGGCACACCCUUCCAAGCUGGUGCCAAUUUAAGCUGGGUAAUGUCGAUGAUUUCUCAUUAGAAAAGCUGCUGUUACAGUUCAGAUAAAAACAGUUAGUCAUCAGUACCAAGUGUAUCACCAAGAAGAUUCUGCACAUUCUGAGUAUAUCAAGACAGCAAGCCUCCUGAAACCCUGGCCUUAUUUUGAUGUUCAGGCAAAGAAAGGAUCUGGUACUUGAGUGUAUUUGUGUGAGUGUAUUUAUUUCAACUCUGUAUUUGGAAUCUUCAUUUGCUAAUCAGUCAUUAAACUGAGUUCAUCUUAA